AUGCUUUUCUAUGGGAGAACAAAGGGCCGUCUUAUUCCUGGCCUUGGAUUUAAGCGCUAUGACGGUGACUUAAUAACUCGAUGUUCACAGGCUUCAGAUAUCCUUAUACCGUUUGACCCACAGGUCGAAUUGUUGGAAGAUAAUAAACCGUUCUACGCCGUAAAUAUCGAAUUUGAAGAUGCCAAUGAAGCAUUGCUCCGCUUGGAGGCCGAAUUUAGGGAGUCCCGUUUCAGAACCGAUAUUUUUGAGGUGUCCCAGCGACGUUGGGUAAAGCCUCAUGGCGACGAUGGACUUGGAGAUAAACGACCACCACUUCAAAUUGGGGUUGUAGACUUCGAAAAAUCCUACAGAUGGGCUUCAUGGUGCUGCGAAACAACAAGUUACAUUUUGGAUCUUGUUUCUGUUUCUAAAGUUACGGAGAAAUCAGCGCUUAGGUAUUGUCUGAAAGGUUCUAAGUACAUCUUUGAGCUUGCGCGGUAUGAUACGUACCAUCCCGCCGUUUAUUCAGGUCCCUCUUAUACCAGUAGCAAUUACCAUAACCAAAUGAAUCAAACGGCUGAAACGACAUGGGGCGCAUCCAUAUUUCACGACGAAUGGGAUAACAUACUAGGCAAAAAUGGUAGCUUCAGGAUUGGAGAAGCCGCCGAUUGGAAUGCUAGUCUGAUCACCUUCUUUCCCUACGUUGAUGAUGUGCCCUUGACAGAUGUUAAUGCUGGAUUUAACCAAUUCAUCCACCUAGUCAACCAGGCAGCACUGCUUUUGGCUCCCGAACGAGGUAGUGAUGUCAUUGAGCGGUUUGAAGUUGCUCCUAGUGAACAUAUUAAACCUACGAAAACGAGGAAUGUCCCAAACAAGUCCUAG